UUAGGGCAAGUGGUAUAUGCUAACCAUUUCAUAAAUCUAACUGGGGAGAAUUUAACCAAUAUCAGUUUAUUUGAAACACACUGUGAAAAUCUUGUAUCUGAUUUAAUAAGCUUGUCCAUCCAGAAGUACACCAAGGUGAGACCUUCUGAGGCUCUUACUAGUCACCAUUAUCCCUGCAACUGCAUUAAGGAAUUGUGGGUUCUACUUAUUCAGCUGAUGGACUUCAGAAAUAAAGGAUCUCAAACAGAGUGUUUCUGGAACUUGGUGAACAAAAAUCUAAAGAGCAUCUUUGAGAGACCAAGCAGUUCUGAAAGUAGGUCUGUUUUUGAAACAACUCAGUGUAAAGAUCCAUUGAGUUUUAGCUUGUGGAUUGUUACUCAUCUGGCAUCGCUCUACCAGUUUGAUCGUAAUGGAAACCUAGAAGACAAGAAACAGAAGGAAUCCAAUUGGAAGUUUGUGGAAGAACUCCUUAAAAAUUCCAUUGGUGCUCAAACUGGUGUGUUAGAGGAACAGUUACGAAUGCAUCUUCAGUGCUGUUUGACUUUGUGCCAUUUCUGGGACUGGAACUUAUCUGUCGUCACCCUACUCUGGGAUUAUUACAGCAAGAACCUGAACAGUUGCUUUACUGUUCCUUGGCUUGGUCUGAAGGGUCUGGCAAGCAUUAGUAAAACUUCUUUGUCAAUGCUUGAGUUGGUGAAAAGUUGCUGUUGUGAACAGCAGAUUCCCGCCUUGUACAAGUCCAGCAAUAGUUACCUCAUUUUUCUCAGCAUUUUGGCACGGAUGAUGAAAGAAGAGGCAGAGAACAGUGGUGUGCAUCCUUGGAAACAAAUCAAAGGACGAAUUUAUUCCAAGUUCCAUCGGAAAAGAAUGCAGGAACUAACAGAAGUGGGGCUGCAGAACUUCUUUAACCUGUUCCUCUUGCUAGCAAUUGUUGCAGAAACAGAAGAUAUAGUGAGUCGAGUUCUGGAUCUUUUGGAUUUCCUGACUCCAUCCUUGGUUAGCCCGUCUCAGAGAGCUCUCAUUUGGAGAGGCCAUUUUGCUUUCCUUCUGAUUUAUGUUGAGAAGAAUAUGGACAUUAGUGUCCUAGCUGAGAAACUCUCAAAUGCUUUUCGUGUCAAGGCAAAGGAGUUUUUAGUAACCAAAAAUGACUACACACAGAAACAAAAUCUCUGGACUCUACUUUCAACAUACAUUGAUGGUGUCCAAGAAGUGUUUGAGACCAGCUGCUACUUGAGCCUUUCUGAGGAAAAGUUGCUAAAUGAUGGGUUUACUAUGCUGCUGCCUGCUUGUCGAGGAGCUGAACUGAGUAUGGUCUUGAAUUUUCUUCAGGUUGUUAUAGCCAGACUUCGGUAAGUAAUUUUGUUAGAUUGUGGAUAUAGACUGGCACGUUGUUUUAUGUUCAGAGUUAAACUGUAAUUCAUAUUAAUUUCCCACUGAAAUAGAGAAAAAGGAAAUAGACAGCUUCGAAGGAUUGUGAAUGAUAUGGUAAAUUUUUAUAUCCACUGAUACAUUACUGCAUUCAGAAUCUUAAAAAUGUUUUCUUACUAUUUCAGGUUCUUAAUUCAUUACAAAAUAUUAGGGACAGAAAACCUUUGUUAUUGUUAAUCUGAAAGUUAUUCAGAUGGCACAGUUUCAGAGAAUACUCUCUUUCUUUUGGCGCAGAAAACUUUAAAACUACUAUCUGUACUACAUUACUUACAUUUUCUUGUGAUUGCUCUUUUUUAAAAUUUAUUUAUUUUCUUGGUGAAUAUUCUGUUUUACAGACUUCAUUCUAGUUUCUGUUUUUCGCCUUGUUUGUCAAGGUUGCAAACAAAUAAAACAAUUAUGGAGACUUAAAUACUUAUCUGGAAAUACUUGUCUAGAAAAGAAGGAAAUCGUAUGUGACCUUGAAAGCUGCAGUUUUUCUUUGAUGUGUUAGUUCAGCUUUUAGCAUCCAGCAUACCCUUCAAUAUUUUUGUCUACAGAUGCCUUUUAGAGGUAGUCUUCCAUUUUGAAGCCCAAAGAUAUUUUUAAGAUAGUAAGAGUCAGUUAUUGAUUUGCCAUUACUUCGAAUGUGUGAGACUGAAAUACAUGGAAAGAACUGUAGAAGAGUGCACAACAGGAAUAGAGAAGCCCGUAUGCAAGGUCUCUCUUUAACUAGCUUCCUUUUUAUUGUCUAGUAGCUUUGACUGCAGCUGUCAAUAGCUUAUACAUCCAAAGAUGACAGUUUUUCAGGCAGGCUUUUCAAAAAGGAUGAAGCGUGAAACUAAGUUUACUUGAUUUAUUAUUUAGUAUUUCGGUUCAACUGAAUGUAUUUGCUGGAAUAAAUUGGAGACUUCAAAAAUGCUUUGACAUUUUCUCCAUUUGCUAAUACAGAGCUUUUGUUGUUUC